CUAUCCUUUUCCUCUCUCCGGGUCUUCGUCCCCUCCUAUCCUCUCCUCCCACCCCGCCGCCGCCGCCGCCGGGGCUCCGCCCUCCUCCUCGUAGCCAAGAUGAAUGUUGACAAGCUCAAGAAGAUGGCGGGUGCUGUGCGCACCGGGGGGAAGGGCAGCGUGCGCAGGAAGAAGAAGGCAGUCCAUAAGACUACAACCACGGAUGACAAAAGACUUCAGAGCACUCUGAAAAGAGUAGGAGUGAACACAAUCCCUGGCAUUGAAGAGGUGAACAUUUUCAAGGAUGAUGUGGUUAUUCAGUUUCUGAAUCCUAAAGUGCAAGCUUCAAUUCCUGCUAAUACAUGGGUUGUCAGUGGAACUCCACAAACAAAGAAGUUGCAAGAUCUGCUGCCAUCAAUUAUCAACCAACUUGGUCCUGACAACUUGGACAAUCUACGGAGGCUUGCAGAGCAAUUCCAAAAGCAGGUUCCUGGUGCUUCUGGUGAUGAGGCUGGUGCCAGUGCUGGAGCUGCUCAGGAUGACGAUGAUGUUCCUGAGCUUGUCCCUGGAGAGACAUUUGAGGAGGCAGCAGAAGAGAAAAAGGAAACAUGACUUUGAUGCAUGUCUACUGUGUGAAGGAUUAUAAGUUGCGCAUUGACAUUAGAGACCUCCGCUCUUAAAAACCUCUGACCUGCCUUAUUUGUGUCAGUGCUCCGGUUUUGUCAUGUACAAGGAUUUGGUCCGAUAUGUUGUUGGAAUUUUACAUCAAUUAAAUGCCUCUUAUGGUUGCCCCCAGUCUU